CCAACCUUGGUUACCAUUCACCUUCUGACAUCAGAAACCUCCGGUGCAGCAUGAGAGGCUGCCUUCACAAAAUCCCUGAUCAAGAACAUGAAGCUCCUUCCCCUCUUCACGGCUGCAUCCUGCCUCACGCCCCCAGGUCCCUUUUUCUUUGUACGACAAAUGAUGAAGCUUUUUUUCCAGAUCACAUGAGCCCAGGAUGAAGGGGGAAAAUCCUGCUAGGAGUGGAGAUGGGCUGCGAAUGAGAAUCUGAUCAAGGGGAGAUACGGAGUGAUACACUGAGGGCUAUAUAAGAAUGUGCUCCUCACCAGAGAAAACAUUUUUCCAGGUGAAUGAUUCUCAUGAAGCAGCCAUGACCAUGACUGAAGCCGGUGUUUCAAGGAGGCUCAGUGCCGGUAACAAAACAUACUUCUAUUUCACCACAGCUUCCCUCACGGUGUGUCUCGUCUUUGCUCUAGCAACCAUCAUGGUCUUAAUCGUUCAGAAGGAUCUGCCUCCCCCCGAGGACGGAGGUACAAGUACACUCAUAAGAGAGAAUGAAUUAAAAGCUGUUAUUAGAACCCUACAGAAUGCUUCAUUUAUGAAAGUGGCUGCAUACAUGACAGUGUCAAAGCCAAUAAAUAGUCCAAAACUGAAGUGGACAAACAAUCGUAUUCUCCAAAACAUCACGUACAACAGCAAAGGAGACCCAGUGAUCCACACGCCAGGCUUGUACUUGGUCUACUGCAACUUGCACUUUCAUCUAACCAACUUCUCAAGCAACACAAUCCACCUAAAGAUGGAACUGCUUGUGAAUAACAUCACCAACAGGCAAACGUUACUCACACCCUGUUUCAGCACCAACAGGCAAACAAUAUUCAAGCAGUGUACAUCAGUUACAGACAAUGACAGGAUAUAUCAGGAGCUCUCCAUUCUCCAUCUGGUGAACCUAGAUGCAGAUGACUGGCUAUCAGUAAAAACUGAGCAUUACGAAUAUUUGGAUUUAGAUUUCUUGCCCAAUGACAAUGUUCUUGCAGUCCUCAGAUACAGUGAUAAAAGUUAGGAGUGCACUGACUGCUUCCUGUAGCUCAAAGUAACCUACCUUCAGUGACAAUGCCUCUGCUGGACAAUACCUGGUCUUAGUUGACAUACCUUACCUCAUCCUUAGGGGAAAAUAAGGAACUUUCCAAGCGUCCAAAAGUGAAAUCUAAAACACAGUAAAACAUGCACCCAACAGACAUAGGAGAACACUCUGCUUUGGCUGAGAGUGGGAUUGCCAUGAUGCCAGAAGACUGUCCACCAGGAACGGGGCCAGCAAGUGAUUCGCAGACCCGACAAUGGCGCCUCAAAACAAAAACAAAACCAACCAAAUUAGGAGAAGAACUUUCCAUUCUGAGAAUGAUCAUUUAUCUGAUAUCUUCCACUUACACAAGCAGCUGGGCAAGCGUGACUAGCCUGGGGGGAAUGGGACCUCUUGUCAUCUGAGGAUUUUGGAAUUAUACACGAUCGUACUUUGAGCUAGUUUUUCCCAAAACUAGCAGUCAAAGCUGAUACCUGAUGCUUUUGUUACGACUAGAGCAAGCGACUGUAAAUCUGUGAGAGAGCCUGUGGGCAGCAUCAUUGAAAGCAGAGAUGGGAGGAAGUUCGGUCAUGGGAGGCAAUGUGGCCCAGCGGUAAGGGCAGUGGACUGAGACUUGGGUUCUGUUCCCUAUUCUGCUACUGAUCUGCAGGGUGGCUUUGCACAAGGUCUUUCACCGUUGGUCCAUCUUUCUAUUUAAAUUGUAAGCUCUCUGGGACAGGGACUAUGUAUUUGUACAGUGCCCAGCACAAUGGGAUGCUGAUCUCAAUUGGGACCUUGAGGUACAUGCAUAAUACAAAUAUUAAAAGUAGUAAUAAUAAUCUAGUCCGUGUGCCAUGUAGCAGGGUUGCCCCUUACAGUAUAUUUUCAAGUGCCUUGUAAAGUCAAGUUUUAAAUGUAAUCUGAAUGUCACCACAGCAUACAUGCUGAUAAACAUGGCUUUUAGGGAGCUCGGAGGAGGAAGGAAUGGCCCACACUGCACUAAACACCUGCAAUUUUGUGACAUUUUCUAUUGAACUCUGGAGUUUAAGCACCCAUAUUCGGGAAUGUUUGCAUCCGGAGUUUUGAUGUGGCCCACUAUCGAGCUCUGGCAUUUCGCUCAGUGUCUG